AUGGGUGAGGAUUUUUUUGUUAGAAAUGGAGUAAUGAUGAGAAUGAUUGAUUCGGAUCAUGAACAAUCUAUGUCUACAAAACGAUACCAUUUUGAUGUUGAUGAGUCGAAAAUAUAUCAGAAUGUCGAAGAUUAUGGAUCAAAUGUAAAUGAAAGCGCUUCACGCGUUGCCAACGAAGUGGAGUCAUAUCCUUGUCGCUACUGUCCCGAUCGUAUUUUUCUGACUUCUGAUGGUUUAGAACGUCACACUGAAAUGGAACACAUUGAUAAAAUCCCUGAAGUUAUGCAGGAAAUAUCGAGAAUUUAUAACGAGUGGAGGAGGAGGGAAAGAGUCAAAGCUAUCGUAAAGAAACGACGUGAGGCGCUAAAAAAAACAAGAAUGUUAACGGAGAUUUUGAGAACAUCCCGUGAUCUGCGUUCUGAUGCAUUAGAAGUUAUUAUUGACAGUGAUAACGCCGGUACUCUAAACUGUUGCAUUUGUGGGCUUACUUCUAAGAAUAACUUGGAAAUGAUGAUUAAGCAUGUUCAAGCACAUCGUAAAAAUGAUGACCUAAAGCGGCGACUAUUAAAAGAUCAUGGACCUGACCAUAUUGGAUUGCAGUAUGUUGCUCGCUGCACUUGUAAUCAGUGCCAUUGGGUGUUUAUCAAUGAAAAAAAUUUAACAAAGCACCAAGAGUCGUCACAUAUUAGAAAACGGAAAUUUGUAUGCAAAUGGUGCGGUGAUGUUUGUUUAUCAUUGUAUGAACUUAACAGUCAUAAAAAAAACAUUCAUGGUUUAUUUUAUAAUCGACAGGGAAAAUUGCCAUUUGCGAAUAGGCAAAAAAAAACGGCAUCAAAUGAUGAUACUUUUAAUGUUAAUACUCGAUUAGCUCAAAAAUAUGCAACGUUGAAAGAUGAUAUUGAAUGUGACUCACAGGAAUUUGCUCUCGUAAAAUACCAGAGCCCUUGCACGACAAAAUGUAGUGAGUGUGGUUUGGUAACUGUAAAACCAUCUUUGCUUAUUCGUCAUAUGAAACGUGUACAUGGCAAAAGUUCUUUUUCAACAGUGAUUGAAGUGAAAGGAAAACCAAAUAUAAAAGUUGAUAUGAAUUGUGGAAAAGUAACUUGGUGGUGUUGUGAUUUGUCUUUCGAUGAUAGACAUCGUUUCAUCCAUCAUAGAAAGACUUGUCAUGAGUCUCUUGCCAUAUGUAGUAAUUCGGUGAAUGUUCGCAAAUGUGUUCCUUCUAAGGUCCCAAGUAGUGAAAUCGUGGGCAGGUCUGAGGUUGUGCAUUAUGUCAAUACUGACAAAACAUCAACAGAUCAAAUAUAUAUUGUAACAGCAGAGGGAAAUAAGCAAGCACCAUGUAAUGAAACCGCUGUGCGGGAAUUGCGAGCAGUGGAUGCGAUAUCAGAAACUUUGCAAGUAGCAUCAACAACUGGAGAAUAUGUACAGUUAUCACAGCAAGUUGAAGAUUUUGAUGGCUUGGUUAGCUUUUAUUUCAUUAUAGAUGUAAUGGGUGUUGCUUCUGUUUUUAUAUUACAAAAAAAGUGGUCAACAUACUUCUUUCAGCAGUUCUUUCUUGUUGAUGAUUUGGUGGUUAAUGAGCCAUUCUCUCGAAACGGUGUCAUGGAGUCAGCAGUCGAUUUCAUGGUUCAAGAAAACGAUAUGUUGAAUUCAGCGCAUAUAUCGUCAUCAAAAGCUUCAUCCACGCAUGGCAAACGUUAUUCUAGCAUAGAAACAACUGAUUCAGAUUUCUGCUUGGUUGAUGUAACCGGUAAUGUUGAUGAAGAAAUGUUACAGAAUGAUCUACCUCUGCCAUCAGAAAGUUUGAUGAACAUGGUGACAAGCUCACCAGAUGUUGACAUAUCAAACUCAACAUUUAGUUGUAAUACUAUGGUAGGUGAUUCUGUAAAUCAUAGCUCUGAAGGGGGGCAGAGCAAUAUUCUUGCUGGAAUUAAAGUUGCUCCAGUCACGACGAUUCCCAAAACUUCACAGCAACUCUACGACAAUAUGUCAUGCUCUUCAGCUGUAAUAUGCCAUGAAGUCAAUGGCAUUGAAGUAACAUCGGUUGCAAACUCAUUUUCAGCUUUUGUUUUAAUUAGCAAUAAAGCAGAUAUUGAUUCGCGACCAAUUAUUGACCACAUGGAUAGUAUCUCUUUGUUAAAUUUGGGUGAGAAGGAAGCGUUAACAUCGACAACGAAUACUUUUACGCAGUCAUCUCUAUCACAACGGUCGUCAAGUACUGUAAGCUGCAAUAACAUUUCGUUUUAUGUCGGUCAUGAUAUGAAUUCAGGUACUGUGGAGUAG